AUGGCACCUGUCGCCACCAACCCUGGCUCAACGUCACCGCCGCCAGUCAUCGAGAAUGCCCAAAGCGUCGCUCUGGCCAAGUCAGGUCAAGUCGACGGCAGCACAGCCGGCCUCGGCGCAGGCAAGACCUUCAGUCGACAGUCAGAGCUGCCCAAGCUACCCAUCCCAAAACUCGAAGACACAGCCAAGCGCUACCUGAGCAGUCUGGAGGCGCUGCAAUCUACCGAGGAGCACGACCAGACUAAGCAGGUAGUGGAGCGCUUUGUUUCUGGCGAGGGGCAGGAGCUGCAGAAGCACUUGGAGGAGUACGCUUCCUCCCGCAUCAGCUACAUUGAGGAGUUCUGGGAUGAUAGCUAUCUGCAGGCUAGCGAGAGUGUGGUCCUCAACUUGAAUCCAUUCUUCAUUUUGGAGGAUGACCCAACGCCUUCCCGCGGCAGUCAGCUGAUGCGAAGCACCUCGCUCAUUCUGGCGUCGCUGGCUUUCAUCCACGAUCUGCGUACGGGGACGCUAGAACCGGAUGCAGUGAGGGGCACGCCGCUGGAUAUGUACCAAUAUACUCGACUAUUCGGCACAGCGCGCAUUCCUACGGCGAAUGGCUGCAGGAUGGACAGCACGCCCGACUCGCGUCACAUCAUCGUCAUGCGACGGGGUCAGCUCUACUGGUUUGACGUCCUCGACGAGCAGCAUAGGCCUCUUCUCACUGAGAGGGCGCUGUUGGGUAACCUUCAGGCCAUCGUGCGAGACGCAGACAAGAUUGAUCCGCAAGACGUUGCCGCUGGAUCUAUCGGCAUCCUCACAACCGAGCAACGCAAGAUCUGGUCUGCUCACCGUGACACGCUGAGGGGCAACAAGCAUAAUGCCAAGUGCCUCGAUGUCGCCGACACUGCCCUCUUCGUGGUUUGCAUGGACGACAGCGAGCCCGACUCUCCCUCGGAGCUCUGCAAUAAUAUGCUCUGCGGCACCUACUCCCUCAAGAAUGGCAUUCAACAAGGUACCUGCACGAACCGCUGGUACGACAAGCUCCAAUUGAUCAUCUGCGCAAACGGGGCAGCGGGCAUCAAUUUUGAGCAUACAGGCGUCGAUGGUCAUACGGUGCUGCGCUUUGCCGGUGACGUGUACGCUGAGUUGAUUUUGCGCUUCGCCAAGUCAAUCAACAAUAGGACCAAAAGUCUGUUCCAGGCUGUGACCAGUCCAUACGCGAGGGGCACAGCGGGGAAGAAGGCUCAGGGUGGAGAGGUCGAUCACGAGAAGAUACAGGAGGUGGAGCUGGUCACUGCGCCCAAGCGGCUGGAGUGGGAGCUCACUCCCAGCAUCGCCGCUGCGAUCAAAUACGGCGAGACGCGCUUGAGCGACCUCAUCUGCCAGAAUGAAUGCCAAGUGCUCGAGUACACCAAGUACGGUAAGAACUUCAUCACCCGACAUCGCUUUUCGCCCGAUGCCUUCGUUCAAGCCAGUUUCCAAGCGGCACACUACUCCCUCUAUGGGCGCAACGUCACAACCUACGAGCCCGCUAUGACCAAAGCCUUCCAACACGGCCGUACCGAGGCGAUCCGUACCUGCCAACCCUACAUGAGCGACUACGUCCAGUCCCUACAGGACCGUCGUACGGGCGCAGAGCAGCGCGAGGCGAAGCUGGACAAGUUGCGCAAGGCCUGCGAGGGGCAUGCGAAACUUUCGAAGCAGUGUGCCAUGGGACAGGGCCACGAUCGUCAUCUGUAUGCGAUGUACUCGCUGGCAAAAGAGGAUGUGGCCAAGGGCAAGAGGAAGGAGAUGCCAGAGUUUUUUACCGAUGGUGGGUUCAGCACGCUCAACCACACGAUCUUGUCGACGUCCAAUUGUGGCAACCCGGCGUUGAGGCUCUUUGGCUUCGGUCCUGUGGCGCCCGAUGGAUUUGGUAUUGGCUACAUCAUCAAAGACGAUGCCAUCUCGGUAUGCGCAUCCAGCAAGCACCUUCAAACAGGUCGCUGGCUGGCUGCCCUAGAGCAAUACCUUGAUGAUGCGGCCACGAUGAUCCAAGAUUCGUACAAUGCGGCAAACCGUCGAACCCAGGAGACGUACAUCGACCACUCUGGCGUCGAAUGCGACGUGCGUACAGGUCUGCCUGUCGGGAAUCGCCGCCUCACUGGUGGGGGUUCAGCGCAGAAGGCCUCGGCGAUGGGCAGUAAUGGGUACUCAGAUGACUACGACGAGGGGUACACGCCUGGUCAGCAUGGUGGCAGUGGAUACGGCUUCUUCGACGCAGGCGGGGGCCAGGGCGACGCUGCUGCUGCGUCAGAGUCGAAGGAGAAGGAGGGCAAUUCGGCGCAUAGGAGGAAUACGAGCAGACAUUUGAGCGUUGGAAGGAGGUUGCUAGAUGCUGAUACAGCGUAGUCGACCGGUCCUUCUUUUGUCGUUUGAGGCGCGAUAAUGGAUUUGAUUUGAGCGAGUGGAUCG